AUGAAACUUCAGGGUCGGCAAGCCCUCCAGCUCGGAAGGGAUCUGAGGGGCAAAUCCGUCCCAAACGACAUCGAAAAUGGUGUACCGAGGAUUUCCAUCACCUGGUUUGCGAACGGUGUAGCGGUAGACAUCGUAUGCACUGUACCCAGUGCGUAUCAAAUAAUCAAUCGCUUCCUGAAAUGCGUCGUACGCCAGAUCCUCCGUGACUUCGGCCGUCUCAAAAGUCCUCGGCACGUAUUUGUACAGAAUCUCGGCUCUCCAGUUGACGGGUCGGCAGGCGUGUUCGUAUCUAAUGAUGCGCUUGAUGAUCUCACAGCGCUAGCUUGCGUCGAGAUGGAUGCUUUCUUGGAGGCGCUCGAGACGCUGGCGUCGGUCGUGGUAACCUUCGUUGCCGGUGCGGUCGGUGGGGAGAUAGAGGCCGGGCUUUUCGGGCGAGGGGUGUCGGGGGGCAGAGGGAGUUUGGACUGA